AUGACGCAAUUCGAUGACCAGUUUUCCAACGGCGGCUACGAGGGGUACGGUGAGCCGAGGCAAUCGAACCCGCUGGGUGUGGUGGGCUUUGUGCUUUCGCUGCUGUGCAUCACGAGCCCGAUCGGUCUGCUGCUGUCGAUGAUCGCGCUGCUGAAGGCCCCGCGCGGGUUCGCGAUCGCGGGGACGAUCAUCGGGCUGCUGUUCACGUCGGUCAUCGGGAUCGUCGCGUUCUUCGCGGUGGUGUACGGCUCGUUCGUGGUGGAUUCCACGAAGCUGACGCUGGACCUGGAGCGUCUGCGGAUCGAGGCUCGUGAAUACGUCGAUCAGAAUCAGGCCGUGCCGGCGUCGCUGGACGAACUGGGCUGGGACGACACGACCGACCCGUGGGGCCACGAGUACGUCUUUUCGAUGGACUCGGAGACGAACGUGUGGGAGCUGCGGUCCGUGGGCCCGGACGGUGUCGCGGACACCGGGGACGAUUUCGCGUUCGAUUCGACGAUGGAGCAGUCGGACGUGAUGGAGCUCAUCAAGGAUUGGGCGGACGCGAACGCGAAGGACGUCUACGGGUUCAACCCCUGA